CUCAUUACACCUGUUUUCUUUUCACACCCUCUAUCAUUCAUUACACUCAACCUUCAAACCCUAACUCCUCCAUCUCCAUCUCCAUCUCCAUCUCCGACCACCGCCCUACAACCUCUGACCACCACGACCACCACUCCUGGAGUCGCCCCAUCGCCACGACUAGCACCUUCGCAGCCGCGAUCUCCUCUUCGCUUCCGCGACCUCCUCUUCUCUGCUUCGAACCGAACAUCCACAGCCGCCCUACCUCAUCUUCAUUGAACCCGUAUUUUCAAUUCCAGAAACAAUGGGAGCUGUUAAAUUGGAACUUCGGUGUCCGCAAAGUGUUGGUGGAGUUGUGAUUGAUCCACACCCUGAUUGGAGUUUCGAUUCUCUCUUAUCAGAGCUCAGUUCUAUAGAAAAGAGGCUCAAUUCAUCUUCACCAUUCCCUUUGCCUUUUACCAAAACAAAGUUUCGAGAAGUUUCUUCUGAAAAGUCUGUUGUAAAGGGGGGCUUUGUAAUGCGUGUUGAUGAGACAGAGAAUGUUGAAGAAGAUAUUCAGGAGGAGGAUCAUGAUCGACGUCUGGUUGCGGGUAGAAGAUUUACCUGUGAUGAAUUUUAUAUCAGUGAUGAUUCUGAGGAUGAGUCGCCACACGAAACCCAAUAUCUUUUGAUGGAGAAAGUGGGAUUGGUAGAAGGCGCAUUGUCUGAGCUAACUCAUGAACAUCGGCUCAGCAUCACAGAGGAAAUUAGGAACCAAAUAUUAGCAUUGGAGACAGAUCUGCUGAAUGAAAACAAGAAGUUUACUUCUUCACUUGCUCAAGUUAAGAAAUAUACUGAAGCACGGAGGGAAAUGCACAGAAAACUUGAUAUGCAGUAUCAACGCAGGAUUGCAGAAGCACUUGAUAAUCACUUGACAGCUAUCCAGAGGGACCAUGAACACAAAUCCCAAAUAGAAGAAAGGAAAAUAAGAGAUGAUGCAGCUAUAGAAGAGGCCAAAAGAAGAGAAAAGGCUCUUCAAGAAGAAAAACUGUGGCAAGAAAAAGUUAGAGCAGAAACAGAGGCUAGACUUGAGGCUGAGAAGAAGAGAGCUGAAGAAGCAAAAGCAGCAGCUUUGGAAGCUGCAGAAAAGGUUGCUGCAGAAGAUUUAGCAAGGGCUGCCGCUGCUGUAGUUGCUCCAAAGGAAGCUACAAGCGGCUCAGGAAUUUUGAAUGAUCAAUCCAACAAAUCUGGAUCUGAUGGAGUAAAAAAAGUUCAACAAGCAGGAAAUAUAAUCAAGUGUGCAGAAAGUGCUCUAACUUUAGAGGAAAAAAGACUGCAGAUUUACAAGGAAGUUGCUGUUAAAAACGAGGCACUGGGAUUGGGUGCUAGCAGUGUUUACGGCAGCCAUGUAUCAAAAAUACAGAGACUGAUCAAACAAGUUAGUGGGACAAAGGAAAAUAUAAGAAACAAAGUAGAUCAAUUGACUAAGAUUUUCUUUGAUUCAUCUUGCCCUCAGUCGAUCAGUAUUGCAAUGUUCGCCGAAAAGAUCAUCGACCAAUGUGUAAACCCUAAUAAGGCCCUUUUUGCAUAUGCCCAUGUCAUUGUUCUUGUUGCUUCACAGGUCCCACUUGCUAUGGAUCUUGUCCUUGCCAAGUUGAAUAGAGUUUGCAUCUACACUGUCCCAAAGUAUAUUAAUUACUCCAAGUCAGCAUUUGAUACGAAUGAAGCUUAUCACAAAGCCAUUGGUUACAAAGAAGAGGACGGAGAGAUUGAGAGUGAAGAGAGUUAUGUAUCACGGAUAGAAUCAUAUAUGAAACUAUAUGGAGCUCUUGUUCAGACACAGGUUGAGAGUGUCCAAAACAGGCAUGGUAUGGGAGAAGGUUGGGCAUGGCUUGCAAGAUUCUUGAAUGCUCUCCCUGCAAACCUAUAUACUGCAGUUGCACUGCAGGCAUUCCUUGAAGCUGCAGGGUUUGGUCUCUAUAGAAGAUACAAAUCGCAUUUCAAGAAGUUACUGAACGUCAUUUAUCGCGACUUUGUAAAUGCGCUUAAACAACGAGGAGGAGAUGCAAAGCUCAACAAAGUCAUCACAAGUAUCCAGACUUACAUAGAAUCAAACAGGUUCCUUGAGGAACCGGAAGGAAGGUCCCUGCAGGGUUCUUUGCUAUCACAUACUUUUGUUCCUGAAUCAGAAUACUCUGAGCCAUCAUAUCAUCGCCCAGCAAACAGGUUUUACUACCAAUAUUGAAGCCCAUUGCUGCCCCGGAAAUAUCUAGUGUAUGCAGCUUGAUUGUGUUGUAGAUUUGUCAUGUUGAUAUAUGUUGCCUCCAAUUAAAGAAACUAUACAUAUGAGAAUACACAUUUGGUUUGAAAUGAGUUGUAUUUUGAGCCUGAUUCUGAUCCCCAGUUUUGAAAGUGGAUCAAGGUUAGAUUGUAUAUUUGUGUUGUUUGUUUCAGUACAAUGUGCACCGCAUCCAUAAGAAAACACCUCACCGAGUGUGUUACCUUUCUGUGAAGCAUUGUGCCAUUUUUGUU